UUCUACUGAAGCAGCUAAAGAAUGUAGCUUGUGGCAUUCUUGCUGCUUGGGCUGUAACUACUGCCUCGCCUGUUAUGGCUGCUAAUCAGAGGCUGCCUCCAUUGUCAACUGACCCAAAAAGAUGUGAGGUUGCAUUUGUUGGUAACACAAUAGGUCAAGCAAAUGGAGUUUAUGACAAGGCAAUUGAUCUCCGCUUCUGUGAUUACACAAAUGAAAAGGUCAACCUGAAGGGGAAGAGUCUUGCAGCAGCACUCAUGUCUGAGGCAAAGUUUGAUGGUGCUGACAUGACAGAAGUUGUAAUGUCAAAGGCUUAUGCUGCAAAAGCUAGCUUCAAGGGUACAGACUUUACGAAUGCAGUUCUAGACAGAGUUAACUUUGAGAGCGCCAAUCUACAAGGAGCUUUAUUUGUAAUCACUGUGUUAUCAGGCUCCACUUUUGAUAAUGCACAACUCCAGGAUGCAGUGUUUGAGGACACCAUUAUAGGAUACAUUGAUCUUCAGAAAAUUUGUAGAAAUACAACUAUCAAUGAAGAAGGAAGAGCAGUUCUGGGGUGCCGAUAACAAUUUUCUCACUAUAUAUUGUAUGUCGAGCUUCUUUGUUACCGGAUACUAAGAGACUCGUCUGUUGAAGAAGAAGCGACAGAGGUUGCUUCAUGUACUUCAAGUUUACUUUUUGGCAAUUU